AUGGAAACCAAUUACCUGAAGAGGUGCUUUGGAAGUCACCUGGCCCAGGCUCUGGCAGAAGUGGCAAUGGUUCAGCCCAGUGAUCCCAUAGAGUACCUGGCUCACUGGCUUUAUCAUUACAGGAAAAUGGCGAAAGCAAAAGAAAAGGAUAGACAAGAGAAGAUCCAGCUGCAGAGAGAAUAUGAAAAUAGCCUCAAAGAAACCAGAAUGGCAGAAAUGCUGAAGCAAGAAGAACGUGAGAUUCAACAGCAGUGUGAAAAGUAUCAUCACCAGCUGGGGAGGAGAAACUCGGCGCCACUGAUAUCUGUAACAGGUUCCUUGGAGAAGACUAAAUUCAUGCAGGAGAACAGAGAACCCCUUGAGAAGGAAGCCUUGAAGCAGGAAUCCCUGCCAGGAACUUCCAAUAUGAUUCCAGGGAUGCCUCAACAGAGCCCCUCUUCAGAGCCACCUGUCUCCAGCCAGGUUUACUUGAACACUGGAACCCCACAAGAAAUAAAUUACCAGGCUGUUUAG